GAAGAUUCGAUCUCUUCUUCCUCCUUCCCCGUCGCGUUACCAGCCAUCCUUUACCUGCUCACUCAUCGCUGAGCCAGCAUGGUCAACGUUACAUACGAUGCUUCUGGUGACCUUAAUUGGGUAGACGGGGAUGGCAAAACCGUCGUAUACAACCUCGGCGAUAUUGGCUUCGUCAUUGCAGCGACCGCGCUCGUGUGGAUAAUGAUUCCAGGCGUUGGUUUCUUCUACUCGGGUCUGCUCAGGAGGAAGAACGCUUUGUCCAUGAUAUGGACAUCGUUGGUCUCCAUAGGCAUCGUCUCUUUCCAAUGGUUCUUUUGGGGCUUUUCACUGGCAUUCAGUGAGACUGGGAGCGCGUACAUUGGCGAUUUGAAAUAUUUUGGUCUCAAGGGCGUUCUUGCACAACCAUCAAUUGGAAGCUCACGCAUUCCUUCCAUACUAUUCUGCAUCUAUCAGCUUAUGUUCGCUGCCAUCACCGCCGCCCUCGCCGUGGGCGCCAUCGCUGAACGCGGUCGUCUCGGCCCAAUUAUGGUCUUCAUCUUCAUAUGGACCACCAUCGUCUACGACCCCAUCGCCUGCUGGACAUGGAACUCCAAUGGGUGGUCGUUCGUCCUUGGCGGGCUUGAUUUCGCAGGCGGAACGCCCGUGCACAUCUCUUCUGGUAUGGCUGGCCUCGCUAUCUCCAUAUACCUCGGCAAACGACGAGGAUACGGAACCGAACGGCUCGCAUACAAACCACAUAACGUCACCUACGUCGUGAUUGGCACCAUUCUGCUCUGGUUCGGAUGGUUCGGCUUCAACGGUGGCUCUGCCCUCUCUGCCAACCUCCGUGCUAUCCAGGCCUGCAUCGUCACCAACCUUGCUGCGUCCGUUGGCGGUAUGACUUGGAUGUUCUGGGAUUAUCGCAUGGAAAAGAAAUGGAGCGCAGUCGGAUUCUGCUCUGGUGCCAUCGCAGGCCUUGUCGCCAUCACACCUGCGUCAGGCUUCGUCGGCUCACCAGCAGCAGUCGUCUUUGGUGUCCUCGGAGGUACCGCUUGCAAUUUCGCAACCCAACUCAAGUUCGUCUUGGGCUUCGACGAUACCCUGGAUAUCUUUGCCUCCCACGCAGUCGGCGGUAUCGUCGGCAACAUCCUCACGGCCUUCUUUGCACAAGCCAGCGUUGCGGGCGCUGACGGCGUCACCGUCAUUCCUGGCGGCUGGUUAGACCACCACUACAUCCAACUCGGAUACCAAGUGGCCGACUCUGUAUCAGGCGCAUCGUACUCCUUCGUCGUCACCACUAUCAUCCUCUGGGUCUUACACUUUAUCCCUGGGUGCCGCCUGCGCGCCUCUGAGGAAGCUGAGAUCUUGGGUAUUGACGAUGCGGAGAUGGGAGAGUUUGCGUAUGAUUAUGUUGGACUUGAUCAGGAGCCUGGGCAUGCGAUUGAUACAAGUGCUGUUGCCCUUGGAGGAUCACGGGAGCCUGACCAUCAUGCGGUGAAGGAGAAGAGGUCAAGCACGAGUAGUAUUCAUGAGAAGAAUGCGCCUGUUGCGACGGAGGCAUGAUGCAUAUGAGUGGGCGUUUUCUUUUUGUUAAUUUGCAUUUUAUAGCCCUCUUUGAACGAUGUUGGCUUUUUGUGUUGUUGUAAAUAUAAUGUAUGCGUCGUAGCGUUGUGUUAUAAUAUGAUUUUGGAGGAUUCAUUGAAGGGUGCGUGGGAGGGCCGAAAGAAUGACUGCAGAGACUCAAGUACGUUCCUUCGAAGAGAAAAUGGAAGGCGGGGACAUAGCGUAUAUGCGUGUAAUACUCUCGAAAUAAUCAAGGAGAAAAAUGAAAGACAAGCCAAAGCAGAGAGCUUACUCUGUCCGAGUCGUGUGCGCCGACUUAAAUAAAUUUGAGGGAACGGACCCGUCGUAAGAGAAAUACUCAGGGACUUGGGUGAAUGAAAC